UAAAUCAGAAAAGUUAAAAAGUAUACAGUAAAGUAUAAGUAAAAAGGUAUACCUUAAAAACUACAAAAAAAAAAGUGGCACCCUAUAACUGAAUAUUGGAAACUUCUGAAGUGCUGAAACUUUCUAUACUUAAAAACUACUUUGAAUGAAUGUCUUCCCUGGCCUUAUUUUUUAAUCUAUAGUUUUUAAUAAAGUUUUGUGAUUAAAAAUAAAGUCGCCUUUUUUGAUUGUUACCCCUUAAAUACCGCAAUCAGGUUUUUUGCUUAUAAUUUUAGAGCUGUUGAUCAGAUUCCCUCAAAAUUUUGUAGACAUUUUGUUUUCGGGCCAUAGUAUUGGUACACACAUUAUUGUAAAUCUAUUAUAAACGAAAAGACAUAAACAACCCUAAAACUCCUCAAAACUACAAAAUAAAUCCUUACAAAUUACAACUAAAUACUAAUAUACUGUAAUUAGGGGAUUGCUGUUAAUUAAAAUUUGUAGAUAGUUUAACAUAGAGGGCACUCAGAUAUUAUAUUUUUAUUUAGUAGGAAUAUUACUUAAGUUUAUUUAUGCACACAAUUGUUUUAUACCAUAUGUAUUUUAUAGAUAAAAAUAUCAUAAGUAAUUUUGCAAUGGGGAAACCAAAAUUUAUUUAAAAGUGAGAAAAGAACCUUUUGUUAUUGGAAAACCAAAUUCAAAAGCAGAGGCAAAAGUCCAGAGGAAAAAAAUAAAUAUGAAAGAACUUCAGAUUCAACAAGCUGUGUCUUGGUGCAUAGAGCACAAAAAAAGAGGCUAUGCUGCUUUGCAAACUGGUAUGUUUUCUUUUAUCAAAGAUUGAGGAACCAUUGAUCGGAGAUUAGAUGGAAAAACUGCUAAUAUAAAAAAGCAACAUCUGUGAAUUUUAACAGAAAAAGAACACUCGAUUGUAGAAUUCAUUAAAAAUAAAAACAGGUGCCAUCAAGGAAUAUCGAGGAAGCAAGUCACUAAUCUAAUUAUUGAUGUUUUAAAAAUUAGAGACUAUUGCAACACCACGAAUCAAGGUGGUCGCAAUUUUGGUAAACUAUCUGAUAAUGCAAAACAUGUUGUUAAGACAGGAAAAUAAGCUUGGUCGGUCGUUUUGGCAGAGAUGGGAAGCAGAGCACCAUAGCUUAGUUCUAAAACGACAAGGAAAUAUACCUAUUAACAGGGCAUUGCACUGCACAAGGGGUAUGGCUGAGUCACAUUUAGAUUUAUUGGCUGAAGAACUUAUUAAAUGUGAGAUUUUCACAAACUCAAAAAAACUUGAACCUGGUGUGCGGAAGGGUGAUAUUGAUACAAAAAGAAUUUUUAAUUUUGAUGAAACACCCCAGUUCAUAAACUAUGGGGUUGAUGGAACAAAUUCUGGGCUCGCGUAUGUUGCACGUGGGGAACCUUGCAGAAAAAUGAUUAGAGAGAAUCGUGAAUCAAUAACAAUAUGCCCAGUUAUUUAAUUGGCAGGCGAAAUUGUUGUUUCGCAAGUUAUUUUUGCUGGUAAAGGUAUCACAAGUCAUAUGGCCCCAAAAACAGCUGUCAAAAAUAUAAAAAAUUUAAUUAUAUCAUCUACUGAAAAAGAAAGCCAGGAUAGCCAUUCUUUAUUGGACCUACACAAAAAGUUUGAUAUAUAUUUGUCAGAAGGAAAUAUACAACGACCUGUUGUAAUGCUAGCAGAUGGACACAGUUCAAGAUUUGACUACAAUGUUGUACCAUGAAAAAACAAUUAACUUGUUUAUAAGUCCUCCUGAUACAACUGGGGUUACUCAACUGUUGGAUCAAAGUCCUAAUCAAAACAUGCAUCGUGAAUAUGACAAAAAAAGAGAUGAACUUUUUACAACUUUCAAACAAACAAUAAACCGAGAAGGCUUUAUGACAAUUUUAGGAGAAAUGUGGGAUAAAUGGGCUUCAAGUGAUACCAUAAUUAAUGCUGCAAAGAGAGCUGGCAUAUCUAAAGAAGGUUUAAAUGUAAAUAAUAUGCAGCAAGAUAAAUUUCAACAGACUGCAAACUGUAUGGCUCAAAAUUAAGAACAAGAGCCUUCUACCAGUCUUGUUCUAAGUACACCAAAGAAAAUAUGCACACGUUCAUCAGCAAUGUUUCGUUAACAACAAUUACUCCAUAUUCAUUUCCUGAAUUAGCAAAAACAAAUCAUCGUUAUGGAUCAGCUAAUUAUUGGAAAUUUAUGUUCGAGCAGUCGCAGAUGAUUAUGAAAGAAAAAUAUAAAGAAAAAGAACAAUUUUAUAAAUGUAAAUUUUAUAAAUGUAAAUGUAAAAUGUGUUUGCAAUGGCAUUUUUGCAGUAAAGAGUUUUAAAGAGUGCCCAGUCUGCCACGAGAUAAAGAAAUCAGCAUGCAGCAAAAUUUCUUGUCGAGUUGAUGGAAAGAAGCCAAUAAUGAUUAAACUAGCCACAUCAACCAACUGCUAAAUAUAAAGGCAAUUUAAAUGACAUGGAAAGCGGUAACAUUAAUUGGGGAAAUGUUUUAUGUUGAUUUGAAAUGUAAUUUAUUGAUUCUGGAAAGAAGUUUUGACUUGUGUCUCAA